UCACAAAAAAAAAAAAAAAAUGGGGGGCGACGGGCACGUUCGGAACCGCCGGUACCAAGUGGCACCGCGGGGCCCCUGACACUCCGGGGAUUUUGGGCUCGCCGCAUCGGAGGCGUGAUGGGUCGCUUCGUGACGCCGCAGCAAACCGACGCGGCCCGGGCAGGUAAACGCAGCAGUCUCAGGAGCCUCACCUGCGAAGCUACAGCGGAGGACAGUGGAGCUCCUCGGCGGACGCUUUGCUGACGGACAGACACCGGGAGACACCUACGGACAGACAACUCGGUGUACUUUUACCAUGGGGGAGAGCCGAGAAGAUUAACUUGCAGCGGCUUAUAGUAUCCGGAGAAAGAGAGAGCCGUCUUCACCAUGAUCCGCUGAAAUUCCUGCCGCCGAUGCUUCCUUUGGGGAGUGGGUGGACCAUCUCCUAACAAAACAGAGGGGACGAGCAGAGAGGCCUUUUGUUCCUUUAUUUCAGUCCUCCGAUGGACCGAGUGCCCUCGGCACUGGCCGCUAAGAUGCGCUGGAUCACGCUGGUGCUCGCGGGCUUGACUUUCUGGGGCAAAGUGACUAUUUGCAACUGUCUCGACUACGAGGAGCCAGACUAUGAUUAUUAUGAGGAAGAGCGAGCGGAGACCAUUGACUACAAAGACCCGUGCAAAGCUGCUGCAUUCUGGGGCGACAUCGCUUUGGACGAAGAGGACCUGCGCAUGUUCCAGAUUGACCGGACGAUAGACCUCACGCGGCACACACACACAAACACACACUCCCGGCAGGGCCACACGUCCGGUGGCCUGGAGGAACACGCGGUUUCUAAGAAGAGCGGAUCCUUAUAUCUACUGCUUGAUAGAAUACGCAGGUUCGGCUUCGACUAUCUCCCCAAGAACUCCAGCGAGGGAGCUGCCAAUCCCAAGAGCCAAACUGGGAAAGGUGGGAAGACCGGCAACGUGGCGAAGAGCCGCGUUCGUCGAGCGGCCACAUCCCGAGCGGAGAGGAUAUGGCCCGGGGGCGUCAUCCCCUACGUCAUCGGAGGAAACUUCACCGGUAGUCAGCGGGCCAUGUUCAAGCAGGCCAUGCGUCACUGGGAGAAACAGACGUGCGUAACUUUCAUUGAGAAGACGGACGAGGAGAGCUACAUCGUGUUCACCUACAGACCCUGCGGGUGUUGUUCCUAUGUCGGUCGCCGCGGCAACGGGCCCCAGGCCAUCUCCAUAGGCAAGAACUGCGACAAGUUUGGCAUCGUGGUGCACGAACUGGGCCACGUCAUCGGCUUCUGGCACGAGCACACGCGGCCCGACCGGGACGAUCACGUGACCAUCAUCCGCGACAACAUCCAACCAGGCCAGGAGUAUAACUUCCUCAAGAUGGAGCCAGGGGAGGUCAACUCUCUCGGGGAGCCAUAUGAUUUUGACAGCAUCAUGCACUACGCCAGGAACACCUUCUCACGGGGGAUGUUCCUCGACACCAUCCUGCCAUCCAGAGACGAAAACGGGGUCCGGCCAGCUAUUGGCCAGCGAACCAGGCUCAGUAAAGGAGACAUUGCACAGGCAAGGAAGCUGUAUAGAUGUCCAGCGUGCGGAGAGACUCUCCAAGAGUCAACGGGCAACUUCUCGUCUCCUGGUUACCCGAACGGAUACCCUUCGUACACACACUGUGUCUGGAGAAUAUCUGUUACACCUGGAGAAAAGAUUGUUCUUAACUUCACCACCAUGGAUUUGUAUAAAAGCAGUCUGUGUUGGUACGACUACAUCGAGGUCCGGGAUGGAUACUGGAGGAAAGCCCCCCUGCUCGGCAGGUUUUGUGGAGACAAAGUUCCUGAAGUCUUGAUCUCCACGGACAGCAGGAUGUGGAUUGAGUUUCGCAGCAGCAGCAACUGGGUGGGAAAGGGCUUCGCCGCCAUUUAUGAAGCGAUCUGUGGAGGGGAAAUAACCAAGGACUCGGGACAGAUCCAGUCCCCCAACUACCCCGAUGACUACAGGCCGUCCAAAGAGUGCGUGUGGAGGAUCACCGUGUCCGAGGGAUACAACGUCGGGCUCAGCUUCCAGGCCUUCGAGAUUGAGAGGCACGACAGCUGCGCUUACGACUACCUGGAGGUGCGAGACGGCCCCCUGGAGACCAGCCCUCUGAUUGGUCGAUUCUGCGGCUACGACAAACCGGAAGACGUGCGCUCCACCUCGCACACACUGUGGAUGAAGUUCGUCUCAGACGGCACCGUCAACAAGGCCGGCUUCGCCGCUAACUUCUUCAAAGAGGAGGACGAGUGUGCCAAGCCAGACAAUGGAGGAUGUGAACAGAGGUGUGUAAACACUCUCGGCAGCUUCAAGUGCGCCUGCGACCCGGGCUACGAGCUAGCUCCUGACAAGAAGAGCUGUGAAGCGGCGUGCGGCGGCCUCCUCUCCAAGUUGAACGGGACCAUCAGCACCCCCGGCUGGCCCAAAGAGUACCCGCCCAACAAGAACUGCGUGUGGCAGGUGGUCGCUCCCACCCAGUACCGCAUCUCCAUGCAGUUUGAGGCCUUCGAGCUGGAGGGAAACGAGGUGUGUAAAUACGACUUCGUGGAGGUGCGCAGCGGCCUUUCGUCCGACUCUAAGCUGCACGGUAAAUACUGCGGCACCGAGGUCCCCGAGGUCAUCACCUCCCAGUAUAACAACAUGAGGAUUGAGUUUAAAUCCGACAACACCGUCUCCAAAAAGGGCUUUAAGGCUCACUUCUUCUCAGACAAGGAUGAAUGCAGCAAGGACAACGGCGGCUGCCAGCACGAGUGCAUCAACACAGUGGGCUCUUACGUGUGUCAGUGUCGCCACGGCUUUGUGCUGCAUGAGAACAAACACGACUGUAAGGAAGCUGAGUGUGAGCACAAGAUCCACAGCCCCAGUGGGACCCUGAGCAGCCCUAACUGGCCAGACAAGUAUCCCAGCCGCAAGGAGUGCACCUGGGACAUCACAGCCACGCCGGGACACCGAGUCAAGAUAGCCUUCAACGAGUUCGAGAUCGAGCAGCAUCAGGAGUGCGCCUACGACCACCUGGAGGCCUUCGACGGCGACAGCGACACGGCGACCAUCUUGGGUCGCUUGUGCGGCAGCAAGAUCCCGGAGCAGCUGGUCUCCACCGGCAACAAGAUGUACCUCCGCUUCAUUUCUGACGCCUCGGUGCAAAGAAAGGGCUUCCAGGCAACCCAUUCCACAGAGUGUGGCGGUCGGCUGAAAGCAGAAGCUCGCCUGAAGAACCUUUACUCUCACGCCCAGUUCGGGGACAACAACUACCCGGGCCACACCGACUGCGAGUGGCUGCUGACGGCCGAGCAGGGCUACGGCAUCGAGCUGAGCUUCAUCACGUUUGAGGUAGAGGAGGAGGCGGACUGCGGCUACGACUACAUCGAGCUGUACAACGGGUACGACGCCAACGCACACCGACUCGGCCGCUUCUGCGGUUCAGGGCCGAGGGAGGGGAUCUACUCACCCGGAAGUGCCAUGCUGAUCCGUUUCCAUAGCGACGACACAAUCAGCAAGAAGGGCUUCCACGUCCGCUACACGAGCACCAAGUUCCAGGAGACCCUUCACACCAGGAAAUGACCCUCAGACGAACGAAGCCUGUGACCUCUUGACCCCUUGUGCAGCCCCCACGCCACCGUCACCCCUGACCUUCACCGCGGCACCACAUGAGAAAAAAAGUACAGCCCGCCCCCCCCCCCCCCCCCCCCCCACUCUUCUCUGUGACGUCUGUGGACGCUCGCCAGCAGGCGGGAGGAAGGCGACGCUUAAAAGACACUUUAACGUGGACACGGGUCUCCCUCUGCGGCUCCACGCCGGUCGUCGAACGCUUCGACCCAACGUGACGACUGAGCGAGACAUUUCUGCGGAGGAGCUUUCGCUGUGGAUUCCAGCUGUCGCAAAGCAAAAGGAGCACAAACGAAACACAAGAGACUCAUGUAAAACAAUUCCAAGCUACGGAUGGGUGAGGAGCAAAAUGCUUCCAAACCGGGGAGUUUGGAGACAUUUUCACGACUUCCUUCAGACGGCGGCUUACUGUGAUGAGACGGCUUCUCAGACCCACAGUGACUGAGAGGAAACUUUAAAUAGACAUUUUUAAUGCCUUUGAUGCCUGGGAACUGGCCUCUUCAGCCCAGCUCAGAACGGCUGCAGAUGAUUUCAUGUCUUAUUGUAAAACUCAUUGUGUUUACUGUGUGUGUGUGUGUGUGUGUGUGUGUGUGUGUGUGUACAGAGAAAAAGAACAGACAAAAGUCUGCCAUUUGCCCCUUUUUGCUUAAAGCUAAUGCAGACGACCAUUGCGCUGUGGGAAAAAAAAAGCGAAUGAGGAAUUUCCAAAUGAUCUGUGAUGUUAAUGUUAAGCCUUGCAUUCUGUGUAUAUGUGUGUGUGCGCGCGCGCGUGUGUGUGUGUGUACAUGCUGUUUUUAAGUUUGCACCGUCUUGUAACAAACUUUUACGGAUGUUUCCGGUUUCCACCUCACCCCAAAAUAAAAAGUGAAUAUCGGAAAGGGAAUAUUUCCAUCGCUGUCUCUCGGAACGACCACCAGGAGAGAUUCCCAUGGUGCUAAAAAUAUAAAUACACUGAAGGAUGAGGUUGUGGAGACACAGUCAGGGUGCAAACAGCACACUGCAUCGACAACAUUAGUCCUGUGGAACUACAUUAUUGCCUUAGAACCAAAACGUAUGCUGUAGAUGGUCGCUCCUAUGCCCCUGUGUCCGUGUAUUUCAUUGGUUUUCGAGAGCUUGACAACAAACAAAAAAAACAAUGGAAAUGUCGUCCGUGUGUGAGAUGGGAGUGUCAAUGAUGCAUGCGUGUCAUUAUUUGAGAUUCAUGCUCCCACAUCCACAAAAAAAACUCACUGGCGUGCGUUUUCCCAACAAUCUCAGCACACACUUUUUCCCCCUUUCUGUGUAUUUGGAGCGUGCCGAGCAAAGUGAUGUAAAGAUGAAGGAACAUCAAGGUGCAUAAAGGAUGCAUUGUGUGUUUUGUUAAAAGAAAACGUGUAAGUGUGUGUCAUAGGUGAUUAUAGAGAAAGUAAUGCGUGUGUAUGUCUGUAAACUGUACGUUUUUAAGUUGAAUCAUUCAUCGCUGUACGUGCCAAGCUCCAGGUGACCCUGAUCCACAGUAGUUUUUGUUUUAUCAUUCCACCUGUGUCUGUAGUUCAGGGACGCUGACAUGACGUCCCCCUGCAUCAGUCAUUAAAAUACACACAGGUAAAAACAG